UAAUUUUAGAAAAAUAAGCUUCGAAAAAUAUCAAAAAGUUAUCGGAUGAAUACAGUAUGCUACCCCCUCUAUUGAAAAAUGGCUCAUUUCCCCUGCAGCGAAUUUCUGCAGGAGUAAAUACAUGAUGCUAUUAUCCCUACUACUACUGCUACAUUAGUGCAGAGGUAUAUCACGUGACCAAGCUUUUGCCAAAGCUAAGCGUCAUAUCGUGGUGAGAAGUAAUGCAAGUAAUGCAAGUAAGUAAUGCAUAGAUGUUUACGAUUGUAAAACAUAAUUUAGUGAAUUUAUUAAUGAAAAAUGCCAGAAUUACCUCGAAUUACAAGAUCGUUACGAAUGUUCACGAAUCUUGGACGUAUAAAAAGUACAAAGGAACUAGAACCAAAUGAUUUAUUUAGAAAAGAAAAAGAGCAACGUAGCAAAUCUAAAAGUGAAUUCAAUUGGCAAGAUUUAUGUAAACAUGUAUCUAAAAAUGUUUUAUUUCAUCUUAAUAAACUACGCCAAAUUGCUACAGAAGCACUUGGGGAAUGUUCUUUUGAACUUAUAAAUGAAUUUUUAAUGUUUACUUUACAAUUAUUAAUUGAUGACAAGUUGUUAACUCAAAUAAAAUUUAAAAUUUUAAAAGAAAAAGCAGGAAAUUUAAAAUUCCAUGAUGCUAACCACAUGAUGAAGAUAAUUACAGAAAUUCGAGAAAAAUUAAACGAAGAAACUUUAAUACUUAUAAAAAACGGAAAAGAAAAUAUUAAAGUAUUGGAAAAUGGCUUAUUUGAUCCAAAAUUUGAAUAUAAAUCUGCAAGAGUAUUAUGGCCUGAUACUAAUACACUUCGUAGUAUGUCUGUGGGCAACAUUAAUCAAAGUACAGAUAAUUUCUCAAUGAAAUAUAAAAAUGAAGCUACAAAAUUAUUUAAAACAGAAUUUGACAAGACAGCAUAUAAGGAAAACUUGAAAUCAUAUCAUACAAAGAAUUUUGCAGAUAUAUCUUUAGAAAAAUUUGAGAAGAUCAUAAUUACUAAAUUAGGUUCUAAAAAUUCAGAGAACGAAUUAGUUGAUUUAUUAGGUUGUGAAUCUAUAGAAUUUAUUCAAUAUAUUGUUCAACAUCAGAAAAGUAUUAUAACUUUAAGUUCUACUCCAAAAAUACAAAAAAAAUGUAAUAUUCAAGGACCUGUGAUCAGUGGCCAAGUAACAGUUCAAUCUGAGAAAGAAAAACAAUUACAAAAACAAAUACGGAAACACGAAAAAAAAUUAAAUAAAACGAGUAAACGAGAAGGAAAGGGAGAGUUGGAAGAAAAUGGCUUUGAACCAUUAGAAUUGACUUUAAAAAAAAAUGAAGCAUUAAUAGAAAUGCACACACCUAUAUUUAAAAAAAGUAUUAAUACAGAUCGAGAAAAAUUUCCUUUUGUGUUUGAUGCUAAUAUGAACAGUAGAAAUACAACUGGUUAUGUAUCAAAACAAAAAAUAAUGUUACCGCAAAAUGUUAUAAGGAAAGAUACAGAAACAUUUGAAGAAAUUUUUAUACCUAUUCCAGAAUCUCAACCACUUGAUGUAGAUUAUAAACCUAUUAUGGUAUCUUCAUUGGAUGAUAUUGGACAAAUGGCUUUUAAUGGCAUUGAAUCAUUAAAUCGAAUACAAAGUAUUGUGUUCGAUGUAGCAUAUCAUACUAAUGAGAAUUUAUUAAUUUGUGCUCCAACAGGAGCUGGAAAGACUAAUGUUGCUAUGUUAACUAUAGUACAUCAAUUAAAGCAACAUAUUGAAUAUGGUCAAUUAAUGAAAAAUCAGUUCAAAAUAAUUUAUGUAACUCCAAUGAAAGCUUUAGCAGCUGAAAUGACAGCAAAUUUUAGCAAAAAACUUCAUUGUCUUGGUAUAUCUGUUCGCGAGUUAACUGGAGAUAUGCAAUUAACCAAAUCGGAAAUUCAACAAACACAGAUGAUUGUUACCACACCAGAAAAGUGGGAUGUUGUUACUAGAAAAGGUACUGGAGAUAUUUCUCUCACAAGUAUUGUAAAACUGUUAAUUAUUGAUGAAGUACAUUUGUUACAUGGUGAUAGAGGACCUGUGGUUGAAGCCUUAGUUGCUCGAACUUUGAGACAAGUAGAAUCUUCUCAAAGUAUGAUCAGAAUUGUUGGUCUUUCUGCAACAUUGCCAAAUUAUGUAGAUGUUGCAAGAUUUUUAAGAGUGAAUUCAAACAUAGGACUUUUUUAUUUUGAUCAUCGAUUUCGACCAGUACCACUUAGUCAAGCGUUUAUUGGUGUAAAAGCAUCAUCAUCAUUACAAGAAAUGAAUUACAUGGAUAAUGUAUGUUACAAUAAUGUUAUAGAUAUGGUACGUCAAGGAUAUCAAGUAAUGGUAUUUGUACAUGCACGAAAUGCUACUGUUAGAAUGGCAAAUACACUAAAAGAUUUAGCAAUAAAACAUGGUACACUUAAAUUAUUUAUACCUGAAGGUCAAACAAAAUUUAUAAAUAAAGCUUUUGCUAAAUCACGUACGAAGUAUUUAAGUGAAUUAUUUAAUAAUGGAUUAUCAGUACAUCAUGCUGGUUUAUUACGUUCAGAGAGAAAUUUAAUUGAAAAAUAUUUUGCAGAUGGUUUAAUUAAAGUAUUAGUAUGUACGUCAACAUUAGCUUGGGGUGUAAAUCUACCUGCCCAUGCUGUUAUUAUAAGAGGAACAGAAAUAUAUGACGCAAAACAUGGUUCUUAUAUUGACUUAGAUAUAUUAGAUGUUUUACAAAUUUUUGGUCGUGCUGGUAGACCACAAUUUGAUGUAUCUGGUCAUGCUGUUAUUAUUACUUCCCAUAAUAAAUUAUACCAUUACUUAUCAUUAUUAACAAAUCAAAUACCUAUAGAAAGCAAUUUCAUUAAAUAUUUAGCUGAUAAUUUAAAUGCUGAAAUUGCAUUGGGUACAAUAUCGAAUGUAGAAGAAGCAAUAAAAUGGUUAAGUUAUACUUAUUUAUUCGUUCGAAUGAAAUUAAAUUUUCAUUUUUAUGGAAUUCCUUAUCGAGUUAUUUUGGAAGAUCAAAAUUUAGAACAAAAAAGAAGAGAACUAAUUGAUCAAGCAGCUAAAGCAUUAGAUGAAGCUAAAAUGAUUCGAUAUAAUAUAAAUACUGGAGAUCUGAGCACAACAAAUUUAGGACGAAUUGCGAGCCAUUUUUAUCUUAAAUAUGACACUAUUAAAAUUUUUAAUACACUUCUAAAACCAAUUAUGACUGAAGCAGAAAUAUUUUCUAUGAUAUCAUAUUCUCAAGAAUUUGAACAAUUAAAAGUGCGAGAUGAUGAAAUGGAGGAAUUACAAUAUUUAUUUGAAGAAUAUUGUAAUAUUACAGUCCAAGGUGGUGUUGAAAAUAUAUAUGGUAAAGUUAAUAUAUUAUUACAAACGUAUUUGUCACAUGGUAGAGUUAAUGCGUUUUCAUUAAUAUCUGAUCAAGCAUAUAUUGUACAAAAUGCAGGACGGAUAUUUCGAGCGUUGUUUGAAAUUAUGUUAGGACAAAAUAAUGCAAUAAUGGCUGGUCGUUUAUUAGAAAUAGCAAAAGUACUCGAAAUACAACAAUGGAGUGAUAGAAGUCCUCUAUGUCAAUUUUCUUGUUUAUCUUUAGAAAUUAUUGACAAGAUAGAACAAUAUGAUUUAACAGUUGAAAGAUUAAAUAAUAUGAAUGUUAAAGAAAUUGGAGAUAUUUUGCGUAAUCAGAAAGAAGCAAUAUUGGUGAAAAAAUGUUGCAAAGAAUUACCUGCAUUAGAAAUGGAAUCAAAUUUACAACCUAUUACUCGUACAGUUUUAAGAAUACAUUUAAAAAUAUAUCCUCAAUUUCAUUGGAAUGAUAAUGUUCAUGGUAAAACUUCAGAACCAUUCUGGAUAUGGAUAGAAGAUCCAGAUAAUAAUUUUAUUUAUCAUCAUGAAUAUUUUACUAUGACAAGAAAAAUGGUUUACAAUAAUCUUGCACAAGAACUUGUGAUGACAAUACCAUUGCAUGAACCAUUGCCUACUCAAUACAUAGUAAGAGCAAUAAGUGAUCGCUGGUUGGGUUCUGAAUAUAUGUUACCUUUAACAUUUCAUGAUUUAAUUUUACCUGAAGUAUAUCCACCAUAUACUGAUUUGUUAGAAGUACAACCUCUGCCAAUAAAAGCAUUGAAAGAACCAUUAUUUGAAAAACUUUAUAAAUUUUCUCAUUUUAAUCCAAUACAGACACAAAUUUUUCAUUGUUUGUAUCAUACAGACAAUAACGUCCUAUUAGGAGCUCCAACUGGUUCAGGAAAAACAAUUGCUGCGGAAAUUGCAAUGUUUAGAGUAUUUAAACAAUAUCCAACGCAAAAAAUUGUAUAUAUUGCACCAUUGAAAGCUUUAGUAAGAGAACGAAUGAAAGAUUGGAAAAUUAGAUUUGAAGAACAAUUAGGAAAAAAAGUAAUAGAAUUAACUGGAGAUGUAUCACCAGAUAUUAAAGUUAUAGCAAAUGCAAAUAUUAUUAUAACUACUCCAGAAAAAUGGGAUGGUAUUAGUAGAAGUUGGCAAACAAGACUUUAUGUCAAAAAUGUUGCGCUUAUUAUUAUAGAUGAAAUACAUUUAUUAGGGGAAGAUCGUGGACCAGUAUUAGAAGUUAUUAUUUCAAGAACUAAUUUUAUUUCUAGUCAUACUUUAAAAAAAUUAAGAGUUAUUGGACUUUCUACAGCAUUAGCUAAUGCAGUAGAUUUAGCUAAUUGGCUUGGUAUUAAAGAGAUGGGUCUUUAUAAUUUUCGUCCAUCUGUACGACCUGUACCAUUAGAUAUUCAUAUAACUGGAUUCCCAGGGAAAAAUUAUUGUCCUCGAAUGGCAACAAUGAAUAGACCAACUUUUCAAGCAAUUAAACAACAUGCUCCAACUAGUCCGGCUUUAGUAUUUGUUUCAUCACGUAGACAAACACGUUUAACUGCAUUAGAUUUGAUUGCAUAUCUUGCAGGAGAAGAUAAUCCUAAGCAAUGGUUACAUAUGAGAGAAGAAGAAAUGAAUAACAUUCUAAGUCAUAUACGAGAUUCAAAUUUGAAACUUACACUUGCUUUUGGAAUUGGACUUCAUCAUGCAGGUUUUCAGGAAAGAGAUAGAAAAAUUGUCGAAGAAUUAUUUGUUAACAAUAAAAUUCAGGUAUUGAUUACAACAGCUACUUUAGCUUGGGGAGUUAAUUUCCCUGCACACUUAGUUGUAAUAAAAGGAACAGAAUAUUAUGAUGGCAAACAACACCGUUAUGUAGACAUGCCAAUCACAGAUGUACUACAAAUGAUGGGUCGUGCAGGAAGACCCCAGUUUGAUAAUUCAGGAGUGGCAGUAGUUUUAGUACACGAUUUAAAAAAAAAUUAUUAUAAGAAAUUUUUACAUCAUCCAUUUCCAGUAGAAUCAAGUUUAUUAGCUGUUCUGCCAGAUCAUAUAAAUGCUGAAAUUGUAGCUAAUACAAUUAAAAAUAAACAAGAAUUAUUAGAUUAUUUAACAUGGACAUAUUUUUUUAGAAGGUUAAUGAAAAAUCCUAGAUAUUACAAUUUAAGUAUUUUAGAACCUUAUGCUAUUAAUCAAUAUCUCUCUUCUUUGGUUGAUAAUACACUAAAAGUAUUAAUAGAUUCAUAUUGUGUGGCAUUUGAUGAGGAAGAACAAAUUUUAUAUCCACUUUCAAUGGGUAAAAUAGCAUCAUUUUAUUACUUAUCGCAUCAUACUAUGUUAAUGUUUGUACAAUCAUUACAAGAAUCUCUUACAUUGGAGCAAUGUUUACAUAUUUUAUGUAAUUCUUAUGAAUAUAAUGAAUUACCAGUAAGACACAAUGAAGAAUUAUUGAAUGAGGAAUUAAGUAAAAUGUGCCGUUAUCAAAUAGAUAAUUACUCAUAUAAUUCUCCUCAUACCAAAGCAUUUUUAUUACUUCAAGCACAUUUCUCAAGACUUCCCUUACCAUGUGUAGAUUAUUUUACUGAUUUAAAAUCAGUUCUUGAUCAGGCAAUUAGGAUUAUACAAGCAAUGAUAGAUGCAGUUGCAGAUCAUGGAUGGUUAGCAAAUACAAUUAUGAUAAUGAACAUACUUCAAAUGAUUAUUCAAGCUCGAUGGAUUGAUGAAUCAGCAAUUAUUACAUUGCCAUGUGUAAAUUCAGAACAUUUAGAAUUAUUUUCAACAUUAUCGCUUACUCUUCCUGAAUUAUGUUUCAAUAUGCACAACAAAGAUAUUAAAAUACUUAGAAAAGUACUUAAUAAAAGUUUUUCGCAAGAACAAAUAUAUCAGAUAUAUCAAGUAAUAAAAGAAAUGCCAAUGCUCUGUAUUAAGUUAAGCUUAGAAAGUUAUGAUGAAGAUAAUGAUAAUAAUAAACAAAAAAAUCAAAUAUUUAUACCUCUAAAAUCUGAUAAUUUGGAUUAUAUAAAUAUUCACAAGGAUCAAGAUUACAUAUUAAAUAUUAUAAUGAAAAGAAAAAAUAAAUCUAAUAAUUUAAAAGCACACUGUCCUUUGUUUCAAAAAGGAAAGGAUGAAGGUUGGUUUUUAAUUUUAGGUAAUGUUUCUGAUAAAGAAUUAUUAGUUCUAAAACGAGCAUCUGCAAUAAAUGAACAACGGAAAUAUCAAUUACAAUUCACAGCUCCAUCAAAAUUAGGACAAACAACUUUAACGUUUUAUUUGAUUUCCGAUUGUUACAUAGGACUGGAUCAACAGUAUGAUAUAAAAAUAAAUGUAAUAUCUUAAUAUAAAUUUUAUUUUACUUAGCAAAUAUGUUAGUUUCUUCUACGAGAUAAAUAUAAGCAAAUUAUUUUGAUAAAA